AUGCCGGUCGCGGAUAUGUUGGUGGAUGCUGUGGCAGGACAUGAGUUGUUAUCCUUCAUGGAUGGUAAAAUCCAACCUUUCUCGCCGUUGCUGAGGUUACAAGGGCAGAAUGAGUUUGUGUGGGAGCCUAAACAUCAAGAGGCUUUCGAUAGUAUCAAGGCCUACUUGGCAAGUCCGCCAGUCCUGAUUCCACCCAGAGCUGGGAUCCCAUUGAAGCUAUACAUUUCCGCAGCUGAGGCCUCCAUUGGCAGCUUGCUCGCUCAGGAUGAUGAGGGAGGUAUCGAGCAUGCUAUAUUUUACCUUAGCCGGACAUUAACAGAUUGCGAGACGAGGUACACCCCUAUGGAGAAGCUGUGCCUAACUCUGUAUUUUUCAGCGUGCAAGUUGCGGCACUACUUGUUAUCCUUUACCACCUGCAUCAUCGCUCAAACUGAUUUGGUCAUAUACAUGUUGUCACGACCUAUCUUGAGAGGUUGCAUUGGCAAAUGGGUAUUGGCUCUCUCAGAAUUUUCGCUCCAAUAUGUACCUCAGAAAGCUGUCAAGGGGCAGGCCAUCGCGGAUUUUCACGCACAUCAUCCUACGUUAGAGAUACCCGCACUAAAGGAAUUAGAGAUAGCGUCCACCACUACGGCUCGACCAGAUUUGGCGCGCAUCCCUGAGUACGCGGCCGAAUAUGAAGCUCUUAUUAUUGGACUCGAGGUCUUAUUGGAAAUGGGCGUAAAGGACGUUCAGAUUUGCGGCGACUCUCAGCUCGUUAUAAACCAGCUCCAGGAAAAGUAUCGUUGUGCAAGUUGGUUACUUGUACCAUAUCUGAAUCGCACCAUCGAGCUUCUGGACCAAUUUGACAACGUCGAUCUGGAGCAUAUACCCCGCCAGCGCAACUUCGCAGCUAAUGAGCUCGCUCAGCUGGCCACAGGCAUCACAUUAAAGUAUGGAGUGCGGGAACGCAUUUUGAAAGUUGAGCGUCGCAUAUUACCUUCAUGGCUUGCACGACCUGAUCCACCAGAUGAUCCCGUGGUCGCGGUGCUAGAACAUAUCGAUGUGGAUUGGCGAAUCCCGCUGAUUGAGUACCUCAAACAACCGGACCCAAGAGCUGACAGGAAGAUUCAUUUUCUCGCGCUAAAUUACUUCCUUAGAGGUGAUGAGUUGCGGCGACGUGGGGAGGAUGGUAUAGAUUUUUGGUUUGGUAUCCCCGAGGUGCUAGUUUCGGACCUGGGGGCAGCGUUCAUGGGAGGCCCUGUCGCGGAGCUUGUCAAUGAUUUUGGCAUCCAAUUCAUCCACAGCACUCCGUAUUACGCUCAAUCUAAUGGUCAAGCGGAGGCUAGCAACAGGACAAUCAUUACCUUACUGAAGAAGAUGCUGGUAGAGAACCCUCGACAAUGGCACGAUACUUUGUACGAGACACUUUGGGCCUAUCGCACUUCUAAACGGAAUCCCAUCGCGACAACGCCAUACGCACUCAUGUUUGGUCAUGACGCUGUCUUACCGUUAGAAAUUAACGUUCAUUCCCUACGCGUGCAAGAGCAGCAUCAUUUGAUCGGUGAAGAUUACGUUCAGGCAAUGUGGCAGGAACGCGAAGAUUUAAGCGGGCAGCGCUUGGCGGCUUUGGACAAUUUGGUAAUGGACAAACGGCGUAUCGCCCGCGCCUAUGAUAAGAGGACGCGUGGUCGUAGUUACAAAGAAGGCUACCUCGUCUGGAAGGCUGUUUUACCCCUUGGCGAAAAGUUGACCGGCCGCGGUAAAUGGACGACACGAUGGGAAGGACCUUUUGUUAUCCACCGGAUCUUGGAGCGCGGGGCUUUUCACCUCAAAGACGUCGAUGGCGACAUCCAUCACAACCCUAUUAACAGCCGUUUCUUGAAGAAAUAUUACCCUAGUGUUUGGGAGUUUGAAGAUCCUCCUGAUCAAUCUCUUGCCCAGGCUGGGGGGCAAACAUAA